UUUAAAUUUACUACAUUAUAUAUAAUGACAAAAAGGAAUACUAUAUAUGAUUAUGCUUGUAGGGCAUUUACAUUCCUUUAUUCAUUCCUAGAUUUCUAAAUAUUAACAUGGCGGAAUAGUCACGUGACUGGCAUUCAGAAAUCAAAGGUACUGACAUGGAGUGCACGUACUGGUCGUAUUAUGGUUUAAGCUCUGAGGAUAUUAAUCUUAACCUGUCUUAACCUACGUAGAGAAAAGUUAAACAUGUCACAUCGCGACACCGACAACAACAGUAUGCACAACUUGUUGGACGAAAAGAUUAUCGAUUUAGAAAAUUGUAGAAAAUUAGUUAAAUCAUACAUCGAUUUGCACCUAUACAGUGCUGCCUUGUUCUGGGCUGACAAAGUAGUAUCAUUAAGCAAUGAAGAUCCCAAAGAUGUUUGCACUCUGGCACAGUGUAUGUAUCUUAUGAAACAAUAUCAUCGUGCUGCGCAUCUCAUAAAGAGAUAUGGAUUAGAGAAGAGCGAUGUAAUGUGCCAUUAUUUAACUGUAAGAUGUCUUCUGGAAGCAAAAGAGUACAAUGAUGCACUUCAAGUUAUUAACGAAUCUGAAAUAUGCACAAACAUAACACAAGCAGGUAUUACCUUUGCAGAUCGUACAGACAUUUUUCAGGAUGCUCCAAAAAAUGUUCAAAGUUCGAUAUUAUAUGUAAAAGGAAAAGUGUACGAAGCAAUGGAUAAUAGAGCAGUAGCAACAGAAUGUUACAAGCAAGCUUUACAGUGUGAUGUUUAUUCAUAUGAAGCAUUCGAAGCUUUGGUGCAAAAUCAGAUGCUUUCAGCAUCCGAAGAGCGGGAACUCUUGGAAUCUUUGCCAUUUACUGAACAAUGUACGAAAGGAGAAGCAGAACUCUUGCGACUGUUAUAUGAUAGCAAACUAAAGAAAUAUCAAGAACCAAAUACAAAACAAUCGUCAGUUACAUGUAGCGUAAUGGGAAUUAGCGUUACUGAAAGAUUAGCGGACAAUUUAGACAUGGAAGUUGCAAAAGCUGAGAGAUUGUAUUAUAAUUGCGACUAUCAUCAAUGUUUUUCGCUUACGGAGAAAAUCCUGAAAAAAGAUCCAUAUCACAAUUCCUGUCUUCCAGUGCACAUUGCUUGUUUGGUCGAGCUUAAGAAAACUAAUGCUCUAUUUUAUCUGGCACACAGAUUGGUUGAUUUAUAUCCAGAAAUGGCCUUGGCAUGGUUUGCGGUUGGAUGUUAUUAUUACACCAUAGGUAAAAGCGACCAAGCGAGAAGAUAUUUAGCCAAAGCUACCGCACUGGAUAGAUUGUUUGGACCUGCUUGGUUGGCAUACGGACAUUCUUUUGCGGUUGAAAACGAACACGAUCAAGCAAUGGCUGCUUACUUUAAAGCAUCGCAAUUAAUGAAAGGUUGCCAUCUUCCCCUUUUGUAUAUCGGAUUAGAAUGUGGUUUAACGAAUAAUCUAAAACUGGCUGACAAGUUCUUUCAACAAGCUCAAGGAAUAGCACCAAACGAUCCGUUCGUGAUACACGAAAUGGGAGUUAUAUGCUUUUACAAUUUAGAUUACAAAAAUGCAGAACGAUUAUUUAAGGAGGCAAUGAAAAGUAUUCAAGGCGAUCUAAGGAAUGUGAUUCUGCCUAGUAAAUGGGAAGCGCUACUAAAUAACUUGGGCCAUACUUGUAGAAAAAUGAAAUAUGACGAAGCAUUGGAAUACCAUCAACAAGCGCUAGUCUUAGAUCCUCUGAAUCCAUCGACUUACUCAUCGAUUGGAUUUAUUCAUGCGCUAAUGGGUAAUAUUCAGGAAGCAGUAGAUGCUUUUCACAGAGCGCUCGGUCUUAGAAGAGACGAUACGUUUACUGCAACCAUGUUGGGUUACGUCAUGGAGCAGUUGAUUGAUGAGGCGCCGCCAUAUCCUGAUGCGCCUACCGAAAUACCGAAAUAUAAAUCUGAAAACGAAAUCAGAUUACCUGAGGAAAGUACAGUUAGAGUAUCUACGGAAGACACUGGCAAUAUAGGCAGCAGUUCGAGUGGUCAAAAUAUCGAUAAGUUAAGAGUAAAUCUAUUCUCUGGAAGUUGGGGAGAGAAUUCCAGCAAGGGAGAAGUUAGCACACCCGGAAAAUUGGAACAACAAACGCGUGAUGUACUGGUCGUUAAUUAUUCGAACGGUGAUAGUUCUGAAGUUGAAAUGUUAGAUUCCUCAACCGCACAUAUAGAGUAUAAUUAAACUUUUUUUUAUCAUAAUAAAAGCAAUAGUGAUUUUUUUUAAUCGUACAGUACGACCAGUAGCUUGGUUUAUAUUCAGUCAGCGAUAGUCAGUUAUAUUGAAUGUAGUAAGAUGAGUGUAAAUAGCAUGUAUAUACUUUUUUUUUAAUAUAUACUCUAAUUUUGAUACAUCUUGUAAAAUCACGAAUUUUUCGCGGUAAGAUACGAUAUUUCGUUAAUAUCGUAUCAAUCUGUAAGAAUAAAUCUGUUAGCUUGAAAAAUAAAAAAAGUGUGAAGGCGAUUUGAAAUAGUCAC